ACUAUCGAGCAGACACCGCUUUGUCGAUUGUCGCCUCGCAUCGCUGUCGACUCGCAGCGGAACGGGCAACAGGUGGCGUAGUGUCACACUUCGCAAACAACUCGGCUGCCGGCGGGGCCGAAGAGCGAGCAGUGAGUUUAGGUGGGCAGGCGAAGUCCUAUUACCAAGCUAAUCGCCGGCGGACGCUGCCUGAGCCAUGGCGGAGAGAACUUGCGUCUCCCGGAGCCGCCGCCACCGUCGCGCAGCGGUCAUCACGGAGCUGAGCUGGCAAGCAGUCGCCGUCGGCCUCACCAACCUGGCCUCCGACCUCCACGUGGCCGUCUGCAGGCUGCACUACUACCUCCAGAGGAUGCACGGCUACAAGGCGCAGCUGGAGUCGAUGCGGCGUCCCUCGCAGCUGCAGCUGUGUGCCCUGGAGGCGGUCUUCCGCUCGGACGUGGAGAGCUACCUGUCGGGCGUGCGGCAGGACGCGGGGCGGCUGGAGGCGGCGCAGUGGGCGCUGGGCGACCUGCUCGGCGCAGACUAUUCCUACUCCUCCCCCUCCCCCGCCUCAUCGCCGGGCUCAGCAGCGACCGGCCUGUCGCCGAGGAGGGCUGCCGCCCGCACCUCGCCCAGCCCCAGGCAGCCGCCACUCUGCACUCUCAGGGAGGAAAGUUCAAGUAGCGACUCGGACAACGGAUCCAGAAGAGAUCAGGACGUCAGAUCAACAAACAUGACGACGAAACAAAAACGAUGCAGGCUCUGGGACUCUGAUUCAGUCUCCGCUAUGCUGGCAGCAGAGUUAGGAGAAAACGUGUACGAAAUGAAGUGCAAGGAGUGCCAGGAGACUGGUGCUUUGACGAGAGGUGGCGACAGCGACGGAACGGACACGUCGAGCUGCGCCAGGGGAGUUGGGGGCGGCGCCGACAGCUCGGCGUCCAGUGGCGAGAGCGGCGCAGAGUGGUGCAGCGCCUGCGGCGGCACUCCAGAACCCAGAGGGUGCCAGACGCUCGCCUCCGAAACGAAUGCCAGCGGUAGUGGCAGUGCAGGUGGCGAAGGAACGGGAGGCGGCACAAGAAUUAAGACGCAGAAAACACAGGAGUCCUCACAGGACUCUUCAUUCACAACGAUGGAGUUGCUGUCAACGCACUCAGCACUGAAGGAGAUCCACGAUCACCAGGGAGAGCUGUACGACGACCUGCAGACGCACUCGCAGCGCCUGAUGUUGGUGGCUUCAGUGCGGAGGCGGCUCGGCAGCCGCAGGCGGCAGCUUCAUCCUAGCCAGGCCUCAGCGGACUCUGGUGCCAUCAAGCAGUCGGUGGAGGCGGCGGUGCGGGAGCUGCUGGCAGCAAGCGCGCCGCUGCUGAGCCGUGCAGCUGCACUGCGCCGCCUCGCUGCAGCUGUGGACGAGGCCCGCCCACUGCAGGCGCAGAAGCUGCAGCACCUGCCGUCGCUCCGCCUGCAGCCACUGCCCCAGCUGCGCCCCUCCCGCCCACGCUGGUGCUGCCUGCCGCUGAGAGUCUUCUGCACCGACCUGUGGCGCUUGCUGCACCAUUGUUGCUGUCUCAGCUUCUGCCAGGUGCUGUGGCAGUCCCUCUGCAGCUGCUUCUGCUGCUUCGCACACGGUCCCAGAUCAGCUGCGCAUCGCCGACCCACCGAUGAGAGCCAUUGGUUCCACCGAUCGCCACCACCAGCUGCCUCUGAUCAAUACUCCUGCCAGCUCAUGAAGAGACUUUGAACAUAUAUUUAACAAUGUUAUAUAAAUCUUAGGGCUUUCAUGGAGACGUUGCAUGCUUGUGAAAUUGCAUGUCAUUUUUUUUAUCAUUUGAAGAGGUAAUAAUGUAAUUUUUACACACCACGGUGAAAACUGCUAAUCAGGUAUGAAGUAUAUAAAACGUGCAGAGACCCAUCAAUUUGCUUUUAUAAAGAAGAGUAACACACUGUGGGUACUGCGAGAUGGGAUGAAAUGGAAAUGUGUCCAGAUAUAUUUCUGUUAGUUUGGAUGUUGAGCAUUAUCUUGAAUUCGGUGACUUGUGGCAGAGUUACGCAUGGCAAACCAAGUAAGGACAUGUAGCAGACUAGCAAGGCAAAGUAGCAUCCAACAAAAGGAAUUCUAUCAUCAGAGAUGUCCCCUAACUUCAAUAAGAAAAUAUGAACACACAAAUGCAGCAAAGCAAUGUAUUGUAGAGAAUAAGAUACAGGGAACUGUAAUGAAAAUUCAAAGCAUUUGAGAUUUGU